GAUGGACAUGAUGCUGUUGGUGCAGGGUGCUUGUUGCUCGAACCAGUGGCUGGCGGCGGUGCUCCUCAGCCUGUGCUGCCUCCUGCCCUCCUGCCUCCCGGCUGGACAGAGUGUGGACUUUCCCUGGGCGGCCGUGGACAACAUGAUGGUCAGAAAAGGGGACACGGCGGUGCUUAGGUGUUAUUUGGAAGAUGGAGCUUCAAAGGGUGCCUGGCUGAACCGGUCAAGUAUUAUUUUUGCGGGAGGUGAUAAGUGGUCCGUGGAUCCUCGAGUUUCAAUUUCAACAUUGAAUAAAAGGGACUACAGCCUCCAGAUACAAAAUGUGGAUGUGACAGAUGAUGGCCCAUACACGUGUUCUGUUCAGACUCAACAUACACCGAGAACAAUGCAGGUGCAUCUAACUGUGCAAGUUCCUCCGAAGAUAUAUGACAUCUCAAGUGAUAUGACCAUCAAUGAAGGAACCAAUGUCACCCUAAUUUGUUUGGCCACUGGGAAACCAGAGCCUACCAUUUCUUGGCGGCACAUCUCCCCGUCAGCCAAACCAUUUGAAAACGGACAGUAUUUGGACAUUUAUGGAAUCACCAGGGACCAGGCUGGAGAAUAUGAAUGCAGUGCAGAAAACGAUGUGUCAUUCCCGGAUGUGAAGAAAGUAAAAAUCGUCGUAAACUUUGCUCCUACCAUCCAGGAAAUUAAAUCCGGUACCGUGGCCCCCGGACGCAGUGGAUUGAUAAGAUGCGAAGGUGCAGGUGUGCCGCCUCCAGCCUUCGAAUGGUACAAAGGAGAAAAGAAGCUCUUCAAUGGCCAACAAGGAAUUAUCAUUCAAAAUUUUAGCACAAGAUCCAUUCUCACCGUUACCAAUGUGACACAGGAGCACUUCGGGAACUACACUUGUGUGGCUGCCAACAAGCUAGGCACAACCAAUGCGAGCCUGCCUCUCAACCCUCCAAGUACAGCCCAGUAUGGAAUUACCGGGAGCGCCGACGUUCUUUUCUCCUGCUGGUACCUUGUGUUGACACUGUCCUCUUUCACCAGCAUAUUCCACCUGAAGAAUGCCAUUCUACAAUAAGUUUAAAGACCCAUAAAAGGCUCUUAAGAAUUCUCUGAAAGUGCUGAUGGCUGGAUCCAAUCUGGUACAGUUUGUUAAAAGCAGCGUGGGAUAUAAUCAGCAGUGCUUACAAGGGGAUGAUCGCCUUCUGUAGAAUUGCUCAUUAUGUAAAUACUUUAAUUCUAUUCUUUUUUUGAUUAGCUACAUUACCUUGUGAAGCAGUACACAUUGUCCUUUUUUUAAGAUGUGAAGGCUCUGAAAUUACUUUUAGAGGAUAUUAAUUGUGAUUUCAUGUUUGUAAUCUACAACUUUUCAAAAGCAUUCAGUCAUGGUCUGCUGGGUUGCAGGCUGUAGUUUACAAAAACGAAUAUUGCAGUGAAUAUGUGAUUCUUUAAGGCUGCAAUACAAGCAUUCAUUUCCCUGUUUCAAUAAGAAUCAAUCCGCAUUUACAAAGAUGCAUUUUUUUCUCUUUUGAUAAAAAAAAAAAGCAAAUAGUAUUGCCUUCAGAUCAUUUCUUCAAAACACACACAUAUCUAGAUUUUUCUGCUCGCAUGAUAUUCAGGUUUCAGGAAUGAGCCUUGUAAUAUAACUGGCUGUGCAGCUCUGCUUCUCUUUCCUGUAAGUUCAGCAUGGGUGUGCCUUCAUGAAGUAUUUCUCUCUUUGCCUUCGACUAAUAAAAACAUAUUGCCAAACCCUACAAUUGAAAACAAAAAUAAACUAUAAUGAUAAAGUUAAACCAUAUCUGAUCUCUAAAGAGUAAAGUAGCUAUAGGACUAUAAAAAUCUCUUCAUUACCAGUGGGGUUUGUGAAAUUUGCCCCACAAUAACUCAAUUUUGUGAUGAAAAACAAUUUAAUUAACAUAAUACAGGUACCUUUGACAUAUGAUUUAUUUCAAUGUAGCUAAAUAUUAGAUCCACUUUGGGAAAUAAUUCCCUUUAAAAUGGCAGCACAGUCCAGCCAAUAGAUUACCCAGCAACCCAUCUUUUCUUUUCACCAUUCCAAGCCAAAAUUGCUAGGAUGAUUUUUCAGAAAGGACACAAAUUCCAAUCACCUAAUAUUACCAGACUUGGUAAGCACUCAAAAUUAAUUUGGUUCCGUGGCAGGAGAGGUGGUAUGAGAAGGUGCUCCUGUUGACUGGAGCAUUUUGCAUAUUUUUCAUCUGAAAACAUCACUCAGUUGAUAGUUUGGGAUGCAUGUUAUAUAAAACAAUUGUUCAAAAUAUAUUACAACAAAUGUUUCAUGCUGGUCUGCAGCAGAUCAAUCCCUGAAAUAACUAAUUCUGUAAUAAAUUCUGUAAUAAUUCUCUAUAGCCAUGUCAACCCAAACAAGU